AUGCUCCUCAACCACCACCCGCCCACGCCUUUCCCAAACUUACCCCUCAUAGGCCACAUCUACUUCUUGAUCACCAGGCCCGUACCCCUCCACCGGGCCCUGGCCCAAAUCUCCUGCCGCCGCGGUGCAAUCGUGCUCCUCCAGCUGGGCUCCUGGCCGGUCCUCCUCAUCUCGUCACCCUCCGCGGCCCGUGACUGCCUGUGCCUGUCCAUUAACGACGCAGCCUUCGCCGACCGGCCCGAUCUCCUCAACGGCCGGCACUUUGGGUACGGAUUCACCAGCCUCGCGUGGGCCCCAUACGGCCACCACUGGCGUAAUCUCCGCCGCAUCUCGGCCCUCGAGCUCCUCUCCUCCCGGAGACUAAACGCCAGCUCGGGUUCUCGGGCCCACGAGGCCCGAGCCCUGGUCACCAAGCUAGCGGGUUAUGGUCGCGGCCCGCCCGGACUGCAGGCCCUGUUUUUCGAGUACGCUUAUUGUGUGGUGAAAGGAUGA